GGUACGCGCGUCGUAGAAUACAGAUCGCGUUGCUCAGGCUGUGACACGUUAUUUGAUUGAUCAGUGUAUUCCCACCAAACUCAGUUCUGAGUAAUGCACAAACGGUAACGUGUGACCCACGGAAAAAAUGAGUUAUUGCAAUAAAAAUAGCCUGCAAACAUGGAAGGUGAGUUUCGUGUCUGAGUUUUCAUUGUUUGACCUAACUUCAGUUUUUGACGAUCUCGAUUCUCGUAUCUCUGCGUCGGGUGUGGUUUUUUAUUAUUCGUUUGGCUGAUUCUCGGUAAAUGCAUAUAGUUUUGUUAUGAGCAAGUUUAUUCAAUCGGCCCAGGCAGCCAGCUACAGUAUACAAAAAGUGAGAGUGAGAGUGGAAUUGAUUGUGAGAUGCUACGAGAUCUACUACAUGUAAAGUGUGGAGCAACCAGAAGGAGAGUUUAAGCAGAGACAUCCCAGUAACUUCUCCAUUACUCGGCAGUGUUGUUCAAAACUGGGAUAGCAAGGUGUAGUCACAAUGCGAAGUCGCAGCAACUCCGGAGUCCGUUUGGACUACUAUCAGCGUGUGGUUCAUAAAAUAAUUAUGGACCAUCAAAAUCCAGUUACUGGCCUUUUUCCGGCGAGUGCUGACAUUAAUCAUGCAUGGAUACGAGACAACAUCUAUUGCAUAUUAGCAGUCUGGGGUCUUUCAAUGGCCUAUAAAAAAAUAGCUGAUGCUGACGAGGAUAGGGCCAAAACUUACGAGUUGGAGCAAAGCUGUGUUAAAUUGAUGCGUGGUUUGUUAAUGGCCAUGAUGCAGCAAAAGGAUAAAGUAGAAAAAUUUAAAACAACUCAAAAUCCACAUGACGCUUUGCAUGCCAAGUAUAGUUCUGUUAAUGGACAAACUGUCGUUGGGGAUGCAGAGUGGGGACAUCUUCAAAUUGAUGCUAUUUCUCUAUAUUUGUUGAUUCUCGCUCAGAUGACUGCAUCUGGAUUACAAAUUGUUUUCAAUUUGGAUGAGGUGGCUUUUAUACAGAAUUUAGUAUUUUAUAUUGAAUCUGCUUAUUGCACGCCGGAUUACGGUAUUUGGGAACGAGGAGAUAAAACUAAUCACGGAUUACCAGAGCUCAAUGCUAGCAGCAUAGGAAUGGCCAAGGCCGCACUCGAAGCUAUGAACGAACUGGAUUUGUUUGGUGCUCGCGGUGGUCCAACUUCCGUUAUUCACGUACUGGCUGACGAGGCGCAAAAGUGUCAGGCCGUGCUACAGUCUAUGUUACCAAGAGAAUCCAAUUCAAAGGAACUCGACAGUGGUCUUUUGUCUAUCAUAAGUUUCCCAGCUUUUGCUGUUGACGAACCUAAUCUUAUCGAUUUAACUAGGAGUGCUAUUAUCAAAAAAUUACAAGGAAGAUACGGUUGCAAGAGGUUCCUCAGAGAUGGUCACAGGACUCCCAAAGAAGAUCCUAAUCGCCUAUAUUACGAACCAUGGGAGCUCCGCAUGUUUGAGAAUAUAGAAUGUGAAUGGCCUUUGUUCUUCUGCUACUUGAUUCUUGACUUUUGCUUUCAAGGCAAUAAGGACGCAGUUAUAAAAUAUACAGAAUAUCUUGAGGCAAUUAUGAUUAAAACUGAAGACGGAAUGAAAUUAGUUCCAGAAUUAUAUACUGUACCAGCUGAUAAGGUAGCUGCUGAAUAUGCAGAUCCCGGUAGCCAAGAAAGAGAGGCAAUAGGUAGAUGUCCUUUCAUGUGGGCACAAUCAUUGUACAUUCUAGGAAAACUGUUGCAAGAGGGUUUCUUGGCAGUUGGAGAGCUAGAUCCACUAAACAGACGUUUGUGCAGUGAGAAGAAACCGGAUGUUGUGGUACAAGUAGUUAUACUCGCAGAGGAUGCUGAAAUACGCGAAAAAAUUGCCCAACACGAUAUCCAUGUUCAAACUAUCGCGGAAGUAGCACCAAUAGAAGUACAGCCUGCCAAAGUCCUCAGUCAUUUGUAUACUUAUCUAGGACGUAAUAAAAAAUUAGGUUUAUCAGGGCGAAAAUCGAGAGAUGUGGGAAUACUCAGCACAAGCAAAUUAUACUCUCUACAUGAUAAAAUAUUUGCGUUUACACCACAAAACUUUGAUGGGGAGGAGUACUAUACAACAAAUGAUGCGGCUCUACUCGUCGAUACUGUUACAAACUACCUGGCCUUCCUCACCAUCAACUGGAAACAAAUGCUUGGAAGACCUACUCUUACACUUGUAGCCACUCAUAAUCAUCUAGAUCAAGGAAAAAUUCCCUUGGCCAUGAUCACUACCAUGAAAAAAUUAAAGAGCGGCUAUAUCAACGGAACUAGAGUAUCCCUGGGAAAUUUAAAUGAAUUCUUAAGUACCUCUUGUAUCACUAAUUUAAGCUUCUUGGGUAGCUCAGAGGAAGGCAGACCUGAUAAAUUGAAUCCCCAGGUUCAACAAUACCUGGAUGAUCACUUAUUACGUGCCUUUCCGCAUCGUUCUGGCCUUCUUAAUCGGCCUGUUGCUCGGAGCGGACGAAAUCUCAGACGUAAAAUGUCUGUCAAGGGUGCUAUAAAAAAAACUAGAUCCAUAGCGGUAGAACUGGUUCCUAUAAGUCUCCAAGAGCCUGAAAGUCUCGGAAUGUCUGGAGAUGAACGUAGAAUUUCCGUGGGCUACUCCUCCAAUCCAUUUAUCGAGAUAACGGAUACGGCAGCAGCAAAGCAAUCAUCUUCUCCACCAGUAAUCGUAACUCGUACACCAUCACCGACUGAUGACCUGUUGCCAUGGAAGCAAUCCGCCAAGUCGCAUAGACAUAGAUUAGCAUCUGAAACACAAUACGCUGAUACCGAAGUGGAAGAGUUAUUAGCAAUGUUAAGGGAAACUGAAAGUUUAGAAGAGCAGGGAGACAUCUUGCAAUAUUUGGUUGAUUCGCAAGGAUUGCAUUAUGACACUGGUAUGCUUGAGGAGGGGCGUCAUGUUACUGUUAAAGACUUGCUGAAAGGAUUAUAUCAAAAGGCUUGCCAGCAAAAAAUGUGGGGUAUUGUAAGGCACACAGCUGGUAUGCUAGGAAAACGUGUUGAAGAUCUAGCCAAGGCUGUUACUGACUUGCUAGUCCGUCAAAAGCAAGUUACAGUCGGCAUGCCACCUUCGAAUGAGUAUACUAUCGUUGCACCUUUGCCAGAAAAUGAAUUGAGAUCUCUGAUUCACCAAGCUUAUGGUGAUGAUGAAUCUACCGCCAUGUUGACCCAGGAGCUACUUGUUUACUUGGCAAUGUUUAUCAGAACUGAGCCUCAACUAUUUCACGAAAUGUUGAGGCUUAGAGUUGGAUUGAUUAUCCAAGUUAUGGCCACUGAACUUUCUCGAACAUUAAUUUGUACUGGAGAGGAAGCAUCUGAACAUUUACUGAACUUAUCUCCAUUUGAAAUGAAAAAUUUGUUACAUCAUAUUAUGAGUGGCAAGGAAUUCGCCAUAAGUAGCGUUGGACGUGGAAACUUCUCUGUCAUUAGCUGUAAAUCGGGCAGAGUUAGUAGGAAAUCUCAAAUUGGUUCCUUUCUGGGAGUUGACCAACCGGAUGGCGGUGAAUUAGAGCCUGAUAGACAAGGUCAAUGGUUGCGAAGACGGAGGCUAGAUGGAGCCUUGAACAGAGUACCCAGAGAUUUUUAUCCUCGGGUAUGGGGAGUGCUUGAACGAUGUCAAGGUUUGGCUAUUGAGGGUAGAGUACUUCCGCAGAAUUUAACGCAAGAAAUGACGCCCGGAGAAUUAAAAUUUGCAUUAGCCGUUGAAACUGUCCUGAAUACUAUACCACAACCAGAAUAUCGCCAGCUAGUAGUCGAGGCUCUAAUGGUUCUCACUUUAGUUACUGAAUACAAUGUUGUAGCUUCUCUAGGUGGGCUCAUAGCUGUCGAACAUUUAGUGCAUAAAGCAAAUGUCAUAUUUUUGGAAGAUCAGAUGAAUUCAGAUGGAGACGCAACACUCUGUUGCGCUAAGCCAAAAGAACAGCGUGAGACAACUGCAACAGGAGGCUUACUUUGUGGCGGAGCUGCUUAUGUCUGUCAACAUUUUUAUGAUAGUGCACCUAGCGGCAGUUACGGAACCAUGACAUAUAUCACAAGGGCUAUAGCUUCUUUGCUGAAUUGUCUACCAAAAGAUGGGGACCUAGAAUGUUCAGUGUCAUAGAUGCAUUAUUAUUACUAUUGUUAUUAUAUUUGUUUUGUCACGAUGUUCCAAAGAGAGAACUUUGUAUCGACCAUGGUAUAUAAAAGACGUAGCUGAUAAUAUUUAUUUUACUUAUCUUCACUUCACAAUGCUGAACGCCAAGUAUCAAGAGUUAAAAUUUGCCAAGUAAUUGAAACAUAUUAACCAACAAUGGUUCAUAUAUUAUGUGGAACUCAGUUCCUAGUAGCAACAUUAUAUGGUCGUUUCACCAUUUGUAUUACAAAUCUCUUUUUAGAUCUGUAUAAACAGUCGAUAUGGUGCAAGUUUGUUUGCUUGGAUUCUUGAGAAAAUUGGGCUAGUCGAUAUUGGAGUAGGAGCAAGUGUGAAUAAUGAGCUUCGUUAAUUCUUGUUAUUAAAUGCUUACCUAGUGUAUUAUGCAAUUUGUGUUUAUGUGUAAACGUAUAACAGUACAGUUUAGCCAUGCUAGAAAAUAAAGUAAGAUUUAAAUUCA